GCGCAGCGGCGGCAGCAGAGGUCGCGCACAGAUGCGGGUUAGACUGGCGGGGGGAGGAGGCGGAGGAGGGAAGGAAGCUGCAUGCAUGAGACCCACAGACUCUUGCAAGCCGGAUGCCCUCUGUGGAUGAAAGAUGUAUCAUGGAAUGAACCCGAGCAAUGGAGAUGGAUUUCUAGAGCAGCAGCAGCCUCAGUGCCCCCAGAGACUCUUGGCUGUGAUCCUGUGGUUUCAGCUGGCGCUGUGCUUCGGCCCUGCACAGCUCACGGGCGGGUUCGAUGACCUUCAGGUGUGUGCUGACCCAGGCAUCCCUGAGAAUGGCUUCAGGACGCCCAGCGGAGGGGUUUUCUUUGAAAGCUCUGUCACCCGAUUUCACUGCCAAGAUGGAUUCAAGCUGAAGGGCUCUACAAAGAGACUGUGUAUGAAACAUCUGAACGGAACCCUAGGCUGGAUCCCAAGUGAUAAAGCCGUCUGUGUGCAGGAAGAUUGCCGCAUCCCACAAAUUGAAGAUGCUGAGAUUCAUAACAAGACGUACAGACAUGGAGAUAAAUUAAUCAUCACUUGUCAUGAAGGAUUCAAGAUCCGGUACCCUGACCUGUACAGCAUGGCUGCAUUAUGUCGUGCUGACGGAACGUGGGACCAUCUGCCCAUCUGUCAAGGCUGCCUGAGACCGCUUGCCUCUUCUAAUGGCUACGUGAACAUCUCCGAGUUCCAGACCUCCUUCCCAGUGGGGACUGUGAUCUCCUAUCACUGCUUUCCUGGAUUCAAACUCGAGGGGUCGGAGUAUCUUGAGUGCUUACACAACCUUAUCUGGUCGUCCAGCCCACCCCGGUGCCUUGCUCUGGAAGUCUGUCCGCUCCCUCCCACGGUGAGUCACGGCGAUUUCAUCUGCCACCCGCGGCCAUGUGAGCGCUACAACCACGGAACCGUGGUGGAGUUUUACUGCGACGCCGGCUACAGCCUCACCAGUGAUUACAAGUACAUCACCUGCCAGUACGGGGAGUGGUUUCCUUCCUAUCAAGUCUACUGCAUCAAGUCAGAGCAAACGCGGCCCAGCACCCAUGAGACCCUCCUGACCACGUGGAAGAUCGUGGCGCUCACGGCGACCAGCGUGCUGCUAGUGUUGCUGCUCGUCGUCCUGGCCAGGAUGUUCCAGACCAAGUUCAAGGCCCACUUUCCCCCCAGGGGGCCUCCCAGGAGUUCCAGCAGCGACCCCGACUUCGUGGUGGUAGACGGCGUGCCUGUCAUGCUCCCGUCCUAUGACGAGGCUGUGAGUGGCGGCCUGAGUGCCUUAGGCCCAGGGUACCUGUCCUCCGUGGGCCAGGGCUGCCCCUUACCCGUGGACGACCAGAGCCCCCCAGCAUACCCCGGCUCAGGGGACACGGACACAGGCCCGGGGGAGUCAGGAACCCGUGACAGCGUCUCAGGCUCUUCGGAGCUGCUCCAGAGUUUGCAUUCACCUCCCACGUGUCCAGGGGGCACCCGCCCCGCUUCCGACAACCCUGACACAGCUCCCAGCACGGCGGGGGAGGUGGCAUCCACCAGCCCAGGCAUUGACAUUGCAGAUGAGAUCCCUCUAAUGGAAGAAGACCCGUAACUGGGAAAAGUCCAGACGAUUCUGCUGCCCCUUUGGGAAUGGGCACCUUGUACUUUGGAGUGAGGCCUCUGGAGGACAGAGCUUGGGGGGAUGGAGGAAGUUUUCUAAUUUAUCAACAUGGGGACAGUGACUCACAUCGUACAUCUCGGACUCAACAGUGAGGCUGACACGAAGGGCAAUGGCAGUGCCUUUAAAAGAAACUUGAGGAUUUGCCAAGACCAAUGAGGAGCACAAAGGAUGGGGGGAGAGCCUGUGUGGUCCUGGAUGAAGGUGAUAAGUGCAUCUUGUGCUGCGGAACAUGGGACAGACAGUUCCACGCAUAUCCCACCAAAUCCCACAUCCCGCUGACUUAUGUUAUAUGGGUACUACCCGCCGCCUCUGAAAGCAUGUCACAUUAUGUAAAUCGCUUCUAAAAUCUGCUUCAAACUGUCUCUGGACGCCAGGUUAGGAUGGAUCCGUCUCUGCAGGAAGUCUGUGUUGAGCUGCUGGAAGAGCAGCAGAGCGCCCCCUGCAGGCUCCCCCGGGAAGAUUCUGGUGUGUCCUGUAGACACACCAGAUGUGUGAGAGGCGGUUCCACUGAGAAAGGAAAGGAAAGACUCCGACAGACUCGGCUUUCUGGAAACUUCUUCAAAAAGUAGAGCUCCUGUCCUCCGUGCUGUCCUUUGGUGAAAUAUCAUCAGUAUUUGUAUUCAUGGUCUAGCACACGGAUCCAUGGCAUUGGCUAAACCUUGUGACUUUACACAUGGUCAGAGUGUGUUCAGAUAGCAUCUCAUGGUGGAGAAGUAACCAAGGUAAUGUUUUGUUUUGGCAUUUUUAAAAGAUCCCACCUGACAAUUUAUCUGAGUCGUGAGCCCAUCUCCAGUUAACUAUUGGGGUUGUUGCCCCUGCUGCCAAACUCAGACAGAUUUAAUUUUCCAAAACAGAAAUUGUAUCUGAAAACAUACUCCUCCUCCUCCAAAUAAAAUAUGAGGUUGGAUUUUUCGUCGCCCCUUUUAUUUUUGUCCUGCUAAGUCCGCAGGCUCCGAAGACAGACAACCCUCCGCUCCUGCUUCCCAGGCCUCCGGCUGUCUCACCCACCUGUCCAUCCAGCACUCACACCGCGCUCUCCCGGGUCCCACUGGGUGUCGUUCCUAAGAAAAUGAUUGAUAAAAACAUUUCCCGAGUCUUGAAGUGUCUCUUCGAAUACAUGUUGAUCUAUGGAGCUGAUUCCGUUUCUCCUCUGGGUUUUAGACAAAUACAGUCAAAACUCUGAUCCAUAAAAUUGCUAUGCUGAUAGAGCGGUGAGAGCUGGAAGCUUGAUCAAAUCCUGUUUUUUUCUCGACACAGACUGAUUAAAAAUU